CAACAAGAGGCCAAUAAAGUUAGUUACUAACACAAGAGGGGAAUCUUUUUCAUCUUCAAGUAGCUGGUUCCUCCAACACGAAUGAACGUGAGACUACAAGAACUUCAUUUGAAUCGUUGUGAAGUAAGUAGAAGUGAAGUAAAAAGAAAAGUAAAAUGUUCGGCGGUUUAUUCGGAUCCGCGCCGUCCACCACGGUGGCAAGUACGGCGCCUUCAACGCUACCGGCCAACGCCGUUUCUUACGGCUAGUACAUGCACUACCGUCAUUCAAGUUUCAGCAACACCGAUGUCAGUCUCUCUUAGUGAUUUUUGUGGAAUUGAGAAUACUUAUCAUCCUGGAAGAAAUAAGUGGCCUAGAUACGACCUUGCACUACAUAGUGUCACAGAAGGACAAACUUGUACAGGUCUUAGUGGGCAUUCCUUGGGCACGCCACUAGUUUCUGCUGCCAUUGAAGCACACGCGAAAAUACAAGUAAAAUAAGAAAAAGUGAGAAAGUAGUAGCCUAUGAGCACCAUCUCUCACCAGGUGGAAUUGAGAGGAUCAUCCUGGAAGAAAGUGCUUCAUGCAUUGUCCAUUCUUUAGGUUCUUAUAAUGAGAGGCCUAUCUCUACUAACUCUCCCAAACUGACAUGAUGUCUCGCAAAGUGAUUAUGGUGGGCGAUCCCCAAGUCGGCAAAACGGCACUCAGUUGUGCGGUUACGAAACGGCCUGUCCCAAAGAAGUACGAACCGACACCAGCUUCUGAGUAAUGAUAUUUUUACGCAAUCUACUUGAGGGAGCUCUUAUCGUGAUCGGCGAAAACCAUAUAGUGCACUCGCAAAUGAUUUAUUUUAGAACUUCCCACUUUCGACAAGAAGUUGAGUAGCACCAAGUUAUAGCCAGAGAGGUUCUUCUCCUUCUCAGAUCGAGCAUAUCUUUGUAGAGUGCCACUCUCAACAACACUGACUGCAGGUUCUUCUCCCUCGAGCAACAUUUAGAGGGCCAGAGUGUCCGGCUUAACAUAUGGGAUUGCGGUUUUGGUGGGCCCGAUGCAGCCCUCACCCUCAAAGGAUACUUUAAGAACGCAGAUAUUGCGGUCUUAGUGUACGACACGACGGAAGCGGAUUCCUUUGAAGGAGUGAAACACUGGUACUACUUAUUGGAGAUAUACCUAUGUAUAUAUAAUAUAUAGAACAGGAAAAAUGCUAGAAGUAUAAUCUAUUGCAAAAAUCUGUCAAGUUCUCUCAGAAAACAGGUAUUCCCAGAUCCAGAAUAGUCCAGAGGAGUGUCCAGACGUGCGGUUUCUUGUCGUUGGAACGCGUUCAGACCUAAGAAAUUCUGGUGAGUAUGGUAAUGAAGAUCUGGCUAAAGACUGGUGCAAAGAGAAGGAAAACAUGGGUCAUCUGCUAUGUUCCUCGCGUACCGGAAGUGGCAUUGACGUGGUCAUGACUCAUAUUACGAGACUGGCACUAGCCUCAAGUCUCUCUUCCAGCGUCCUGAACCUGUCUGUGGGCGUCAGUGGUGCGUCGACGCCUCCUGUAGGUGGAGGAUUAGGAGGCUCGGUGCAAGACCUACAUUUCAGCAAUCCUUCAGGGUUGCCGGUAUAUAAGAUUGCUGUUUUAGGAGCGCUUCGUACGGGAAAAUCGGCGUUUCUGCAGAAAUUAUUGUGUACUUUCUAGACUUCUAUGACUAUGUGCAUCUGAAUUUACUAAAUGUUACUGUUUUUAUUACUGAAAGAUCCUAAAAGUUGAAUUCUUGCUCAACGUCGCAUAGCUACGUGUAUGGUUUGUAUGCACUUCUGUAACGGCUUUACCGAAGAUGCAACCUACUAAACUCGUCCACAGCUGACCGUCCUCUCGACCGAGACGAAUACCGAUACACUUCAAGAGUCCAAAAACACACGAUGCAGACGAGUUUGCUUCUGGCGGAUUCAGACAAAGAAGUGAUCCUGCAAAUUUUUGAGGGUGGAGGUAGUUCAAACCUCAAAUUGAUUAUGAUUUUCGUAAAGAUUUGCAGAUUUUCUUAGUGGCCACGAAGCUACUAGUAGGUGUAGGGUUGAUUUUUCGUUGUACUUAAUAAACUCAUAAUUAAAGAUGCUAUAAAUACCCCGUGAAUGGGUACAUCAAUCAAUCAAUCAAUCAAUCAAACAUAAUCUGCACUACACCAGGUGAAGAGACUCUCCUGGAGCCUUCUUUUCAACAAUUUGACGGGAUUACGAAGGAAAUGGAUGCUAUUCUCUUCUUCGCCGAUGCCACUAACGAGACUACGUUGAAGCACGCAGACACCUUUCAGAUGAUGUGCACAAAACGGCAGGGACUCAAGUUAAGGCUCGAUACAAAAUCGCAUUUCGAAGUCCACCAAUGGUCAGUCUUUUUCUUCUGUUUUCUCCUUAGGAUUAUGAAGAAAUGAAGGGAAUGAUUUUUUUUUGCGCUCUACCUCUAACCGAGGUCGCUGCUCUUCCACAACUGCUCGUAGGAACACUAGUAAGCGGAGGAGCUGGAGACUCUAACAGCUUUUAUUCUGCGAGUCCUCUACUUUCUGCGCGAGCGAGCAGCAUGGGAAUAUUGUAUUCUUUCUACAACGAAGAUAUGUAGUUGUGAUGUGGUCGUGGAUUAUAAUUUCACACUAUUUAAAUAUUCAAUGUAAUUCUUGUCUGACAUGUAUUGCUGGGGCUCGUGGUGCAGGAUCCAUAACCUAACCUAACCAUGUAUUAGUAAUUGAAGAUGUGGCUGAUUGAUAUACUUAUGAAUAUACACCUUCGGGAUCGAAACUCCCUCAUCAACUACAACUACAGGUGUGCGCAGAUCGAUCUCGUCCGCGACUCUCGGAGCAAGUGCAAAGAACUGUUGCAGGUCAUCGCAAAUACAGUCUACACGUGGAAAAGCAACAGCAGUAAGGUUGGAACCUAUGACCGCAACCACAACGCUUACGGCGGCGUCUUCAACGCUCAUGUGCCUCUGAAGUUUCGCAGUGGCGCAUCUAGCGGAGGGAGUCUGAUUCCGAGGACCGCUCCGAUGACGGUCAUACCGACUUCGACGACAACAUCUAGUACAAGAGCUUCCAUGAUGAACUACAGCACUGGAGGAGUAUCAUCAACACUGAGCAGGAGCGGAUCUUCAUAUCUUCAGCAAGCUGCACAACCACCAGUUCAGAGCGCUCAAACGGAGCAAUCUUUGCCUAGUCAACAGCAGAGCUCAACAACUUCAACGACGGUUGGCGCCUCACCAUCGGCGUACAGCAUAGCGAAAUCUAACGCCGCUGCUGCAGCUUCGACAAUGGCUCCUAGUAUCGUAGAUUCCUCAGCCGUUGCGCCACCUACAACUAGUACAAGUGUUGAAUCCACAGCAGCAAAACCGCAAGUAACGACUUACAGUAGUGCAGUGUCAGGUGGGUCCUAUAUGAGCGCUUACACAUCAGGUGCGCCACCUGGAAAUAGUGUUAACAACUAUAUCUAUAGUACAACAGCUGCGGCUGGUAGUACGUCGGCGGCCAAUACUCCAGCAGCAAGAACAGCAUCAUCAUCGAAGACUUCAGUAGCGACUUCGACGACUGCCAAACAAGCGGGCCCAACAGUUGUACCUGCGCCACCACCAGCGAAGCCAUACGUAAACCCGUUCGAGCCCCCACAGAAAGCGAACCCGUUCGAGGCGAAAAACGCAUCAACGACACCAGCCUGUGGUGGCUCGCAGAAUGUGCGGCGUUAUGACGCAACUUCAGCGUAUUCAGAAUCGAAAGCGGCGCCUUAUGGCGGUGCCGUUGCAGGUAGCAAUUACGUCCCAAAGAGCUACGUCUCGCAGACGGCUGCUCAGGAUCCAAGGUCGGCGAGCAAAACACAGCCUUCGAAUGCAGCCACGGGAGCACAGACGCCGAGGUGUCUCAGUUGCCUUCAAUGGAUUUUAGUACUCUCGUCUCCUACAACUAAUCUCUCUGUAGUUCCACUUCCAUCGCAUUCAUCAUCCAUUGCGGUUUAUUUGAUACUAAUAUUUCUGUGCUGACGAGAAGAUUGAGUAGGUCAUUUGAGGUAGAAAUGGAGAAGAAUCAGAAUAAGUAUAUAUGAUAUCAAUGAUAUUACAGAAUUAUAGAAAAUGGCGAGUACCUACUACGUCCAACAUAGAAGUUUUCUAACCUUCAACAAGAUGAGGACGAGCUGAUCAUCUCUACGUCUAUCUCCCCACCUUCUCGAUUGAAACCCCACUUCUAGAAACCUACCUCUGCACAGCAAAAAUCCCGCACCGCGAUCUGUAGAGGACACGAUUUAUAGUGCGAGCGCGCUCGUUCGCAGUCCUCCAGUGACCUCUACUUCACAGAGUGGCGGAACGGACAAGACCGCUACCUUUUACCCGGGUUUAUGAUGUACUUAGCUAAAUGUUACAGUUACUUCCAAGUUGGACACUGAUUUCUGUAAGCAGUGAGUUCUUCAUCUUACUGAUCAUGCGCAUGCCUCUAUUGCCUAUCCGACUUCUGUAGACAAUAAGUUGUAUAUGUGUAGUAACUAGUUCGUUGACUAAUUCUGAGUAAGUUCUUGAUCUCGCUUCUAAUCAAAACCGGCAGUACUCCAACAAGUACUAAACCGCGCAGCACAGGCGGUCCCCCGCCGAGCGGGAUGGUUGACGCUAGUGGUCCCGUAGAGGAGGUGAGGUUUGAGGUGGCUAGAGCCGAAGCGCCAACGACAACAAGUACAGUGACGAUGGGUGGUAGACAAGAACAACCUUCCGUAGUGGAACAGUCUCUUAUGCCUACUAGCUACAAUAUCAGCAACUACAAUAGUGCAACAAGUACUGGUGCAGGUGUUGCUGCCGCUGCCGCUGCUCCUACAACCACUACAACGACCCAGCAGCAACAGACACAGCAACAGCCGGCACCGUAUCAGGGCAGUUUCAUGCUUGGCGGUGUGCGUCCACAGGCUGGAGUCUCGACGCAGUCAGGAUUUCAGCAGAGUAGUACGUUGACCCAAUCCUCUUUCCGCAUAGGAACCAGCUUCCAACCUGCUGGUCAGAAGUUCUCCUUUGGGCAACCGAUGCAGAUAGGUUUUCGUCCAAUGUCGCCACCUCUACAGCGCGCGUCCGCCUUGUCACCAUCGCCGAUGGACCGACAGACCAAGAGCAUGUAUGGAUCAAGUGGCACCACCGUAAACAGCUACGUCUACGGAGGUAUGACCACUAAUCCAGGCACAGCUACUGCAACCGCAUACACUCCUGCUAUUGCAUACAGUGCCACAGGUGCAACUCCUUCUACAUCAACUGCAAUGAACAACACCAGUUACUCCACAACCUCCGGAGAAGCAGCCACUACUGUGGUGUUACCCAUGACCACGGCGAACACUGGUGCAACAACAACCAGCAGUGGAGCGGUGAAGGAGGCAGUACAACAGCAGUUUCAAUCGAUGAAGCAGGAGAUAAAACAAGAGCCUGCUGCUCCGGCUCUCUCCCUUGGAUGGGCAUCCUGGUUCAAGUGAUUGUAGCAGGUUCCCCAAGAUGAGAGGACAUUAUAGGAGAUGUGCUCAGGGCAAGGCCAGUCUGGUUCAAUGAAACUUUCUCUCUAUCACAACUACUGGUGACAAUUUUAGAAAGAGCAACGACUUAUGAUCUUCCAGAUUUUACAAAUAUGCUACGAAGAAGCCUCUCAUAGAGUCAAAGAUUAAGAUUGAUUUGAAGAUGGAAUCGAUAUUUCAUUACUUAAACAUCAAAGCCAGCCCUUGAAGUCGUAUGAAUAACAAUGAACAAAUACAUCCAAUGUCCUCGACGAGUCGAGAAAGAACAGUAUUUUUUAGUCAAGUAUGAACUAUACAUAGUAUGAACUAUAAUAGCAAGGAAUGAAUUUUUAUUGAACGUUUUUUUCCGUAAAUCAGGAUCGAGGAUCCUACUCUUUUUUUCAUGCCAGCCUCACAAGGGUUUUCCUGUAAAGACUCGGUGCAUAGUUUCGAAGUAGCAAACAUAUGUGGUCAUGAGUUUUUCAGGCUCUUCCUACUGCAUAUCUUUGUCUAUCAUGCGCUUUGUGCAUGAGCAUGGAUGAGGCUCAUCCGAUGAGCUUGGAAUAUUCACAUGCGAACGAUGACGAUGACUUCUUCAUCGAUGAGGCGUCAAUACUAGGCCUCAGUCUUGAACUGUCAGAAACUGCCAGUUGUUUGAACUUUUUUCUCCUGCUUCACCCCAUGGCGUGGGCCUUUAUCACUAUGUUAUUUCAUACAUAGGUUUCAAUUCUCAUGAAUGUUUCAUAUGGGACUAGUCUCCAUUGAUUUAUUUUCCAUGAACAGCUGUAGGAUACGAGUGCCCCUCCGGUGCACCGUCCCAGGAAGUGUGG